AUGAAUCAUCACUGUGAUGUUUCUGACGUUGGAAAAGCACAUUCUGACUUGUAUUAUUCAUUUAUACAUUCUCUGUUGAAAUUUGAAAUGAAUGUGCUUAAACGUUCGUUCGACUUUCAUCAACCGAAUAGUGCUGAAACAAAAAAGUUGCGAAUCGAACCUGUAGCCGAUACGCGACAUAAUUCAGUUGCUCUUCGGUUUGAACAGUUGCCCAAUGAACUUCUAAUGGAGAUCUUUGAGUAUCUCGAUGCCUAUGACAUCCAUUGUGGAUUUGCCAAUUUAAAUCUUCGCUUUCAAAAUCUUCUGGUUAACUCGUCGUUGCUAUUAAAAACCGUUUUCGCAGAGAAAUCUUUGUCAACUAUUGAAUAUCGUUGUCGACAUGUCAUUCUCCCAAAUACACCUCGUCUUCUUUCUCUUCAUCUUUAUGGUGAACAGAUAAUUUGUAGAUUUCUUGAUCAAUACAAUUUCGAUUCAUCACUUACACGGUUAGAAUCCGUUCUUCUUAACGACGUGAGUAGCCAUAAGCUUGUAAUGAUUUUAUCAUACAUGCACUCAUUACCUCGACUUCUCUCAUUGACAAUUCAAUUGAACCAUGAGUAUGAUGAUCCUGUGAGUGAUAUAUUUCGAUUAGUGUUUCGAUUGCCGGUAUUAAAACAUUUUAAAAUAUCAAUAUCUUAUGACGAAGAGGAUGACAGGAUUAAUAUUGUAAUGCCUAUGUUAAUUAAUGAAAAAUUCAGCACGAUCGAACGUUUAAAUCUUGACUUGAGUCUUAAUGCUAAUGAACUUGCAUCGAUUCUUCAACGUACACCUCAGCUUCGAUAUCUAAAAUGCGAAACUUUGGUUGAAUCGGAAGUAGCAGGUACAAGUCCAAUAUUAAAUUUACCGAAUCUAAUUCAUGUCUCCUUGUCAAUCAAACAUGUAUCGUUUGAUGUAUUCGAGAAAUUUUUUAUACCAGUCUGUCGCCCGUUACAAUAUUUGGCACUUACAAUAUCCGAUUAUGAUGUUAAUUAUCGUAAUGGAAAUCGAUGGCAAAGAUUUAUUGAGAAGCAUAUACCUCAUUUACGUACAUUUCAUUUAAAAUACAGCGAGUAUCAAAUGGAAGACAUUCUCUCCGACCAAGAAGUGAUACACCAAUUUACCUCCACAUUUUGGAGGGAGCGACAAUGGUUUUUUUCAUUUGAAGAAGAAGACGAUCCAUAUGACAAUGGACAAAAAACUUGGUACAAUUCCUCAAAAUCUGAAUUAAUUGAUAAUCAAACUCAUCCGAUUUCGUUGACUGUUACCGAAAAUGCAUUGUACACUUUUGGUACAUCAUAUGUAGAAUGUAUGGAAACGUGUUUUCGAACGGUGUUAUUUACGCAUUUAAAUAUCAAAUGUGACAAAAUUCCAUAUGGUUUAUUUAUUGAAUUAAUACAUUCAUUACCUAAUCUAACUUCAUUAGAAGUAGCGGCCGUACCAAAGGUUGAAUCAAACUCUCUCUCGUUUGAAGAAAGUGAAACAGCACUAUUAAUAUCAAUUAAGAAUAAAAUUAUGAAAAUAAAAAUCGGUCAAAUCCGUUGUAUGGAAGAUAUUAACUUUCUAAUCAAUCUUUGUCCUCGUGUCAAAUAUCUCGAAGUACAAUAUACAACUGACGAAAAUUUGGAACAUCUUCUUGGUUUCAUCUCGGUGAAUAUCCGAACAUGUACAGUGUAUUUAGACUGUUUAGCAGUGUGUACGAGUGCAGCGAAGGAAAAGAUCAUCAACAAGAUUCAUGGAAUCAUCGAAUUUGAGAGACUUUUCAACACUGAAGGUGCCUUUCGUGAUUAUGUAAUUCAAUCCACAGAUGAAAGGAUUUUAUUGAAAUGGAAUCUUUGA